GCUGCAUUUCAGUCUUUCAACAACACUUGUCGUGGAAACACCCUAAAAGAUUGUACUUUUGCUCUGUACGCGUGUGAACGCAAUAUCAAACCAGUGAAAAUCGAGCCCGAGAUCAGAUCUGGAAAACUAUUUCCAGCAGUAUAGAACUGACUUACUGUACUUGCAAAUCCGUUCAAACUUCAAAUACCCUCUGUCCAGUCACGGUUUUUACGAUCGCGUACGAGAAUAGCAAUCAAAAAUCACAUUUUUUGAUUCGAUUAUCACAUCAGAAGAAGUGAAGCCGGUCGAAGGCUUUGAUUGAUGUUUUGAUUAGUGCAAGUUGGAAAGCAAUUUACUGUGCCAGCUGAUGGUGCAACAAGAAAUGAAAAUUAAAAACUGAUUUUUAAGGCGUUGCAGCAGGCCCGUGACACACGUACAGAGAGAGAUCAAGGAAGAUUGUUUUGACAAAAGCAAGUGUAUGCAGAGAGAUCGCUACGGUGUUCCUGCAAAGUGAACUGCCCUGUUUUCGGAGAGCUAGGUCCUUCAUAUGGAAUUACACUGAAAGUGGCAGUAGCUGAGUUUUCCGAAGAACAAAAACCUGAAUAACCCUUACGGUAGUAAUACUAAACGUGGCAUUAAAAAUUGAGAAUAUAAAGUGAUAUGAACCAUCGUGUUAAGUACCAACAAAUCAUUCGGGACAAAGAAAAGUGUGCAAUAAUUUCGACACAGAGCAAGUGUAAAAAAAGCUAUAGAAAGACUACAUGAAAACAUUUCACUUUAUUCAACGAUAAUUCAAAUCAAUUGUUAGUUACGCGCAGCACGAAACGGUACACAAUAUAGUUAAGAAAUUAAACGGAAAAUCGGGAAAAGGAAAAAAAACUAAAGGCACUGAACCGAAUUUACGUCUCUACCAUCUCAACUUCCUCUCUGUUGCCAAUAACUGACUGUGUUACGUAUAUACCGCUUUUCGUAGCCGCCCGUGUGCCGUGGUGGCGAAAAGUGUAAUUGUGAAAGUACCCCAAACCUAAACUCGUCGUCACAGUGUGCACGAGAGACUUUGACGAGUGUAGAAGCGGAAAAAAAAACUAACUACCUGCGGCUGCCGCACUCUUUGCUGACUGGUCGAUGAAUCCAGCUAACGAAAAACUAUCGAAGAGAGCUGAAAAACGGAAAAUUGUGUGGUAGACUCGUGGCGAAUAAAAUGCAUGGAAAACGUUCACUGCAGUAUUGGUAGAUAGUUUCGUGCAGGAACGAAAUUGAAAAGUUAAUUAACUCAAAAGUGAUAAUCGGCUGUGCAAAAAAAAAAAAAAAACACUUGUUCGUCGUUGUAAAUACAAAACGUUCGAAACAAAAGGAAAGGUUGAUAACAUACCUUCAACUAUAUCAAACGGAGCUUGCUUGAAAAGUAAAUACACCCGUUCACACAAAACGAAGCCAUAUUAGAUAGCUAACCCUGCGAUAUACAGCAAUCAAUUAGAGUUUAUUAGAGUGCUACUUGAACCAGCACGAAAUCGUAACCAACAUGUCUACGGCACCACAAAGUGAAUCAGUUCCCCAGUUGGGCACACUGCCAGCUGCUAUAACAGCAACGACAGCAACACAAGCAGUCGCUCCGUCGCAGCCAUCGAGCGUGGCGAAUAGCAACAGCAGUGUAAGAAUUGUUGAAAAAGUGGAAAUGGCCACGAUGACUGAUAUGUUUCCCAUAGAAAAAGAAGAAAGUGAAAGUGCUACACAGAGUAGUAAACUAAGCGUGAGUGGAGAUGUGGCGAAAAGCAAAACGCUGCCCCAGCCGGCGGCCCCUCUACAGCCACCGGUUAAAAUCCAGUGCGUAUUGCCAGCUACCAUCACUGAGAACAGUGAAAUGGUUAUCAAAGAGACCGUCAAAGAUAUGGAAAAACUAGAACUGGAUGAUGCUGCUCACGCGGAAGAACCUGACACGCUUUCACCUCUUAUGACCGAUAACUAUACGUAUCUUCAACAUCAAGAAAUGGUGCUGGAAGAAGCUGAAAUUAAUCCCCAACAUCACUAUCAUCAUCAUCAUCACCAUCACGGUCACGAUGAAAUCCACGAUUAUGAUCUUGAUGAUGACGAAGAGGAGGAUGAUGAAAUGUACAUGGAAGAAGACGAUCACAUGGUGCCUCUUUCGGUGGUUCCGCCUGUCAAUAUGAAACAUUCAGACACGAAGGACUCGAUUAGUUCCAUUGACAGUGACGUUUCCUUGUCGUAUGACAGACGAAAUUCAACCGAAUUGCAGCAGCCAACGGAAGAUGCCGGAACUGGUUCCUCUGAUGAUAAUGCUAAGGAUUCCGGAUGUGAAAUCACAAAAAAAUUGGAAGAAAAUGCUACUACUGAAGAGGAUGCUUACGAGAUCCCAGAUGAUGAUAUGUGUGAGAAAAUUAUAGAACAAGUGGAAUUUUAUUUUUCCAACGACAACAUUUUAAAAGAUGCUUUUCUGUUGAAGCAUGUUCGUCGAAACAAAGAAGGAUUUGUUAGUCUGAAGCUGGUAUCUAGCUUUAAGCGUGUUCGACAGUUAACGAAAGAUUGGCGAGUUGUCGGCUACGCUAUCAAACGCAAAAGCGUCAAGAUUGAGUUGAACGAUUUGGGUACGAAAAUUCGUCGCCUAGAACCACUACCAUUGUACGAUGAAACAACACCCUCCAGAACAGUCGUGGCAACUGGUUUACCAUACGACAAAUAUACAGUGGAAAAAGUGUCCGAGCUAUUCUCCAAAUGCGGUGAAAUAUCACUUAUUCGUGUUUUGCGUCCUGGAGGACCUAUUCCAGCAGAUGUUCGUCAAUUUAUCAACAAACACCCCGAGUUGCAGCAAAAUGAGUGCGCACUAAUCGAAUUUACCGAGUCGGUGUCAGCUCGCCGUGCUCAAAAUAUAGAGGAGUUCAUUGUCCUGGAACUGGUCGCACCGAAAAAGAAAACUGGUAAAAAGGCAAACGUAACCCGAUUUGUUGAAAAUUACAAAUACGUGGCCGGUCAUGACAUUGAGCGUAGUCGGGGUGGCGAAACGUUCGAUCGAUUCAAAAUGCGACGAGGCUCUGGUUUUUACCCUAAGCAGGAAAUACAGCAUGUAUACCAGCCGAUGAUUCCACAGCCUAUGCCGCCUCAAGAGCAGCCAAGCAUGCAACCAAUUAUGCCGCUCCAACCUCAGCAACAGCAACAGAUGCAGCUGCAGCAACAGCAGCAGCCACCCCCACAACAGCCCAUGUUCAUACCACACUCACCGCAGCAGAGAAAGUAUUCAUACGGAAACGAAAAUUACGACUAUUUCAACCGCCGCCCGAGCACAUUUUCAAUGGGAAGCAGCGACGUUUCUCGUAAAUACUCAAGCUGUUCUGAAGGAUACUCCAGCUGUGGCGAAAUGUCACGACGGAUGUCACAGUGUUCAUCAGGUGUCGACAGCAUAUCACGAAGGACAUCCAACUGCUCUGAAGUGCCAUCUAGACGUUCAUCAAACUGUUCGGACUUCUGUUCAUGCUCACGUCGCGUCUCCCAAUGCUCGGAUAUGUACCGUCGAAUUCCCCAAUGUUCAGACUAUAACCAGCGCAAGUUCUCGGUUGGGUCCAACUACGAUCGUAAAUUCACAAACUCCCCGGAUAUGGGUAUGCCCCAGCGUCGCAUUUCAAUUGAGUCAAACUAUGAGCGAAAGUUUUCCACUGGAUCGAAUAUGUACGACAGUCCAAACAUUUCUCCCAGAAAGUACUCCAAUGGUUUCGAUCCGCUGAGAAAAUUGUCGAGUAGCUCCGAAUAUUACAACGGGCGGCGCAUUUCAACCGAUUCAGGCUAUGAUCGGCGGAUCUCGAUUGGCUCCGAAUGUUCAAACAGUGGACCAAGGUCACGCUCCGGUAGUGCGGUACAAAUGCAGUGUCAGCAGCACGGCCAGGCAGAAACGGUAGUACGCACUCCGAUUGGUCCAGAUGGCAGCAAAGGAUUUGGUUCGCGGACCCGACGCGUAGGACAGAUUGUACCACCUGCUUGAACUGAAACGUGAACUCACGUGACUAAACGUCGUUGUCUGCUUCUUAUUUAAGUAUGUAUAUCACACUUAGUUCUUUUUUAUUCAGCUAGAUGUUCGAUACGCAUGUGUGUAAAGAAGUAGCACGCAAGAGAGAAUGUGAACGAGAAUGUUCGUUGAGAGUUACUUAGAGCGCAAUCUAGAAUCCUAGGUAACACGCUUUAAAAGACUUUCACUGUCCCAGAUUUCUCACGCUCAUGCACCUAGGCCUAGCGACGAAUAAGAAUAUGCAUAAACGGUAAGAAGAGGUACAUACUAAAAGUUGCGCAAAGUCAACGGCGUCGGCGAUGACGCACCGCGCACCGCCCGCAUGCUCUAGCACAAACAGACCCAAAGAGUGUGCAAAUUGGGCCCAGAUCGGUCUGCAGAUAAAAACGUGCUCAGACGAGAGAGUAACAAGAAGGCAGACAGCAUGGCGUGGCACGUGAGCGGAGUUCACGAACACGAGUGUGAGUGAGAGGAUGCAGGCCUGAGAGAAUCUUGGUCUGGACUCUCCGAUCGCGUCACCGUACGUUUCUAGAUUUCGAUUUUUCUUUUUCAUCGCGCCCGCUUCACGGUUGGUGGGCACAAUGAUGAACGGGUGCCGCCGCCGUCGUCACCACCCCGACGAUCGUUGACUUUGCGCGAGAUUUGCGUAGACUCGCGUACGACAGCGUGGACGAACAAGAGCUGGCGGGUGCACUAAGUAGCGCAAGGGUGAGGGAUCACGGAAUGUGCGAGGAACAUUCUUCUUGAGCGAGUGAGAGACUAGUGUUUUCGUGUGUAUGCGUGUGUGUUUUGUUUUUGUAUUCCAAUGAUGUUGAAAGAUUUCUAUUUUUAUUUAAGUAAGAAUUUUUGUUACGUUACAUUUACCCUGUUAUUAUUAUCAUCGACCUUGUAUCUCGUAACAUUGUUGUAUUUUAUCUCGUAACAUUGUUGUAUUUUAUUCGUAUUUAUUAUAAGUUUUUUUUGCGCAUUACUAGAUGUUAUGAAGCUCGUCGAGAAUGAAACAACAUGUGCAGCUAGAUUAGAAAAUCUAGACAUUAGAACAGACGCAGUUCACUUUUAUGUGUAUAAAAAUGUAUUGGCAGUGCUCUAACGUUGGUUAUACAUUCACUUGAAAGGAAUGAUGGCAUGCUGUCCGAUUUGAAACUGUUACAACAUAUAAAUCAAUGUUGAUAAUCAGUUAGCCAUUUGUCUUUACCCUUUUUUCGAACAAAUGGCAUAGUAUACGCGAUUUAGUUGGCUUCUCUGGUAGUAUAUGAUCUCCCAGUGUUUGCACUCGAAAUAUCUCAGAAUAAUCGUAAGCAAACAUUCUUAUCUAUUUUGGAAAAAAACUGUGUACAGUGCAUAUUAUCUUCGUAUGAAAAAUAUAUUUUAUUUUUGGAAUAUGUUAUCGAUUUAAACUUCAAGAAAGACUUUCUCUCAUCACUUUGUAUGACAUAAACCAAACGCAAUUCGUUGUCGUCAAAUAACAUGUUAAAAGCCAAAUACUCUCCAGUUGUUGUUAUGUGAAAGGGGAAAUUGGUUCGAAAUUGAAUAAACCUGUCACUUGUAUUUAUUUAUUUUUUUUUCUUCGCGCUGGCCAUCAUUUUUAUGAUUGCUCGCUUUCCAGCUGAUCGCAUUUCUUAACAGCAGCCGGUAUUAUAAAUGUAAAAAUAUAUGCAGUACUUCCUUGCGGCCGACAAAGAAAGCAAAAAAAGGUAAAACUGCUGCAAUAACACCUAGGCGGACUCCGUAGUGAAAAUAAUUGCGGCGCGCCGUGAGCCCAAACCGAACCGAAAAGUAACGCGAAAAUGCGCAAACCCAUCUACCGAUGCAUUGAGAAAGUCUUGAAUUUUUCCCCAAAGCGCAAAGACCACGCACGCCCGGGCGGCCACAUUUUCCCUCUUCUCUGCUGCGGGCCGCGUCGAACCGAGCCAAAUCGAACAGCAUGCACGCUAUUUAUUUCAAGUUUUAAUGAAACCUAAUGAAUGUAUCGUAAGUACGUAGGUAUGCGUUAUUCGUUAGCUAUCAGCCUUCAGUUAAGCUGUAACCGAACCAGCCAACGUCAACAAUAGUUUAUCGCUUCAUUUAUACACUUCCACGUUGCGAUACAUCGCGAUUAACUAUAGGCACGUGAGCUUGCCUGAUUGCAAAGUUAACUAGGCUUCAAACUGACAAUGCAUUAUCACUAGUUUUCCGGAAAAUGGAUGCAGUCCAUGUUGUCAGGGUUGGGGUGUAAUUCAAUUUUUGAAAAGUCUGAAAACUGAUCUAAUUGUUUAGAGACAAUUAUUACCUACAUUGAAGUUUUCUGUUUGGUAUUGGAAAACAACAUUGUCUCUGAUUUGAUACUUAAAAUAAAAACAAUUAUCCCAAUCAUUCAAUUUGGAGAGAAGUUCUUUUGCCUUCAAUAUUUGAUACCAUUUAUCACAACUUGGAAGUGUCACGAUUAGAAAUGAUUUGAUGCAAUCUUUGGAAAGAUGAACACAAAUUUGUGAUUGUACCUACUUCAUCUAAUACAGAGUUAGUUUAGCUUUUGAUGUUCAAACUUUGAGAAAGAAAAGGCAAUGUAACGAUAAAUGUUGGAAUGAUAUGGAAAAAGUGACAGUUAGUUUGUAAAACUUGUACUAUUUGGAAAUAUGUAAUUUAUAAAUAUAACUAAUAAUAAUAUGUAUAGUAUUUAAAUAAUCAAUAAAAACCUACGUUAAAUGCUGGGAUGAAUGCAACAUGAAAAUAAUAUAAAUCAAGCAGGGACUAAUUAGAUUCCCAAAAUCAAAUCAUUAAGCAUAUUUGGGUUGAUUUAUCUAUCACAUGCAAUAAUUAUAUUAAUUAUUACGAAUAGUUACACCUCGGUUAAAAUGCUUAAGAGUGAAAGGCUAAUGGUGCGCAGCAUGCAAUUUAGUUUCUUGUAUUGAACAACUGUGUAGAAGAGAAGAGAGAAUUAAACUCAGUAAGGAUCUAGUAAGUAAGACAGAAACUGUUCUGUUCAAUAAUUUCGAGGAAAUAAAAACCAAAAACAGGACGAACGAACAAACCAAGAACUGUGAAGUGAGAUAAAAGAAACACAAUUAGAGCCUAAUAUUCAAACUACUAUUUUUAUACGAUGAUAUUUUAUCGCAUAACUUGUCGUGUAGUCUAGAAUACUAGUGAUGAGUAAACAAUGUAUUCUGUAUGUAAAGCAUGAAAAAUUUUACACAUUAAAAAAAGCUACUGUCAUUAGUUUUAUUA